AUGCAAUCCGGAAAAGAUAUUGGCACAUGGGAAGUGUGCGAAAGCCGCAAUUCCCGUGGACAUAGCGACGACGAGGAUGACGAUGAUGAUGAUGACACCAUCGAACUAGAAAAAAUGCGUAGCGAUCUGACCCUGUUGCACCAGGCAGCUUUGAAGGAGGACGCAAAGGAAGUUGAAGAGCUCCUAAAAAACCAACCCACCAUGGUUAACGCCAAAGUAGCUGGGUUAACACCGAUUAUGCUGGCCGUCAACGGGCGUAAUCCCGGAAUCGUCCAGCUUCUGGCUGGCGCUGUCGAUGCGGACAUCAACAUACUGUCCACUGGGUUCAAACAAGCGACUGCCUUAAUGCUAGCUGCUUCUGCCACCGGCUGCGCGGAGGAAUCGCAGCGUGCAGCUAUAAUCAGUGCCAUCCUUUUCCAACCGCAGUGUGAUGUCACCCUGAAGAACAGCGAUGGCCUUACAGCACUUGCUCUAGCGGCAAAAUUUGGCCAUCAAGAAGCCGUGGAAUGUCUGCUGGCUAAUGAGCGCGUAAACCGUUAUCCUCUGGACGAUAUCUGGCGUAGUGUGCAGCUGGCGUUAGCAUCGGGGCACGGUGAAGUAGCACAAUGUAUUUACAAUGAAAUUGAAGGUGCUCGUGAGGCAGAGAUUCAAAAUCGAUUGGAGCGCAGCCAGCAACAAGAAGAACCAGGUGAAGAAGAACGGCUGCGACAGCUACUGAAAGAAUGCAAAGAAACCGCAAAAUCAUUGAAACGCACUGUUAAACGGCUGCGUUUGGGAAAGCCAACCGUGGGCAGCGUCGUUACAGUCCGCAGCAAUGAAUCGCUGGCCAAAACGAAGCAAAGCGAGCAUAAUCUGAAAAUGCUUCCGGAACUAUCCGGUUGCAGCGGAAUAAUUGAGUUCAUGACAGCGGCUGGAGUCGCUGAGGUCACUUUGUUCAACGGACCCAGUACUGCCCCAAAAGUCGCCCUGUGCCAUCCUGACAUUCUUAAAGUCGUUUCGCGAGAUGGUUAUCAUUGUGUGGAUGCUGAUGGGCAGCCACUGGCACGACAUGAUAUAGUUCGAAUCACUACCGACGUGGAUCUUAUCAACAAGGUUUGUGGUAUCGUAACUGAUAAAUACCGAUCCUCUCUGGGAAAGUUCGCCGAUGUGGUAUUUUUCGAUGUUGACGGCGACGUUUAUGUCAGCGUCGGAGAAAACGCCAUGGUCUUCAAUCCAUUAGCCUUAAAGAAAAUUUUCACAGUUACGUGUGGGGACAAUUCAUCUGUAAAGAUUGGCGAUGAGGUUACGAUAAUUCACUCGAAAUCGAAAUUUCGAGAACUGCAAACCGAUGAAUUUGGAAGCUGGGCAGAUGAAAUGUCGGAACUUAUCGGAACACCGCUGACUGUUUGUAAAUUCCAUACAUCCACUGAAAGCGAUCCAAAAUGCAUCCUAGAAGUUAAAGGCACUAGUUCCAGAAAGUUCCGUGUAAAUCCCCAGGCAGUUGGUUUAAAUCCCGGUCACGCUUCCGAAGAGCUGCGUACUCCUGAGAUACCGGUUGGCACCGCAUCACCAGGUUCCAGCAGAUCUUCUGUACCGGAUCUACUGCCCCUUUCCGGUUUUGCUCCUAAGCACGGAGAACUCCAGAAAAUUAAAUGGGGCGACAUAAAACUGGAAAAAGUGCUUGGUAGUGGAAAUUUCGGACAAGUUUUCCUAGCUCAGUGGGGAGCAACCAAAUGCGCAGUAAAGAAAAUUGCUGCAAGAGGUCUUGUUCAAGGGUACGAAGAGCAACGCAUUCUGGACGAGGCCACACUCCACAAUCGCUUAACACAUCCCUGCGUGGUCCAGUUUCUUGGCAUUGCACUGGCACAGACGGACAUUUUGCUCGUGAUGAAGUUUAUUGACGGUUUCGACCUAGAGCAGAUACUUUUUGGAGGAAAAAUGGAGCUGAACAACGAGGAAAGGCGAGCACUGUGCCUGCAGAUCGCGGAUGUAAUGAGAUAUUUUCACGAUGACGCUGGUGUUGUUCAUCAAGACAUAAAGCCUAGCAACGUAUUGGUUGAUUUGCUAACGAAGCAAGCACAUAUUACGGACUUUGGAAUUAGUCGAAUGAGCGGCUACUCUUCUGGCGACCUUAUAGAGCAUUCUAUGAAGCACUUCACGUCACAUAUGAGCGGAUCUUUUUACUAUAUGGCGCCCGAGCUGUUGGUUCCAUCUCCCACUGAUAAAACCAAGUUUCCGCAGCAUAAUCGAGCUUCGGAUGUUUAUGCAUUGGCAAUGACCCUUGUAGAGAUUUUAAUCGACACCCAUAUUUUGGACGCCCCGGAUAUAAUCACUGUAAUGAAAGUAAAAAGCCAUUCGGUCAUCCCUGGUACACUUGAACAGGUGCCACCGGCAUACCGCGACAUCCUGAAACAGUGCCUUGAACCAGAUCCUACACAAAGGCCGCGCGCCAAAACGGUCGCAGAAUCGUUUGCCCAACGACAGGACGAUUAGAGGAUGAUCCGGCGAUGAAACGGCCUGCGAUUGCAACUUUCAUGAGUCAACGGGGUUUUGUCUGUCUGGACUGUUCAAGCUCCACUUCCGGAUAAUUCUGGCACUUAUUACGUAGGAUGUGCGCUACAUGUGACCGGCAUUUUGAUUAGUAAUUUAAUCAGGACAUCGUGAAAUUUCUUUUUUUGGUAAUUAUUGCUUGCAAUGGCUCGUUUUGGAUCUUGUGUCCGACUCUCCUGUGUUAAGACUCACUCACUAAUUCACCUUGUCUGCUACGGCUACUGCCGUCGUCCGUUUAUUCUGGCUAAAUACCGGAUUUAUAUACACUAACUAUCUGUAGAUCAGAUCAACGAACGGAUCAGAUCAAGGCUGAA